CUUAUUUUCAAAGCAACUGUUCCUACCAGGCCUUGGCACCUCGAGGAGUUUUCGAAAGUUUCGUUUAGCGCGGAGAUGACGAUGACAAUGAAAAGUCGACAUGGUGAAGAAAGCAGCCUGAACCUGCUAUUCUUUUGAGUUUGGGCUAGAAAAAGUCAUUGAAUACAAGCUAUUCGGACCAAAGUUAGGCAUCCCACAAUGUAUCACUGAGCAUGACCACCUUUGAGAGCGUCGUCUACACCCCUCUCCUUCAAUCCUCUACACUUGCACCAACAAAAGGGAAGUGUCACAUUUCCCCAAUUGGCACGAACACAUUUACGCCGUUGAAACUCGGACAGCCGCUUGAUCAUUCAGACUGCUCUCAAGCUACAAACCACCUCCUGACCUUGAUUUCUGCUCUAGCGAUCAUGUGAUCACAGAUGACGCCAGCACCAGAGAAUAUGCUAGCCUCUGCGUUGCACCUUGCUUCUUCAUCUAUCGGUCGUCUCCACUCUGUAACUUACUUUCCACUUCCUUCCUCGACAUCCCAUCCAAAUACGCACACACGCUCACUCAACGCACUUCUGACCAAUCUCAUUUGUAGGCCAGGUGCAAUUCGCUACCUGCCCACCAGUAGCUCAUUCACGCAACAGACGACUGAUGAAUUGAAAGGUGCGCAUACUUUCAACACCGACACGCAAACGCUAUUAAAGUCGAAGAAAUACAUACCUCCAAUUUCAACUUCACGACCUCUAAGUAUGGAAACGCAAGCAAAUGAUGAAGAAGGGAGUUCCAUAUCAAAAUCUCUAGGAUUAGAGAACGUGUACCCACUCGGACUCAUCGGCAAGUUACCAUUGGAACUACGACUACAACUCUAUGAACUAUUACUGGUGAACCCCAUGUUGGCUAAACCUGAGUCAAUAUCGAGAGACAAAGAUUUCGGCGCUUUGGUCCGAUAUGACCUACACCCAGCAAUUCUACGCACGUGCCGACGCAUUCACGAGGAAGCAACGCCUACUCUUUACUCGAACAAUACAUUCUUCAUAUCUUUCGCCCCAUGUAGUAGCUGGAUAUACGAUUUAAAGAACAUGAGUCUUUGUCCGCUUACCCGAUACAUGGCUUGUGCAUAUGAUCCGCCACGUAAGUGCUACCCAACGAACGGUACAAUUUCCUGCUUUGGUCAAGUUAAAAAGUGGAGAGUACUACUCAGCAGGGCGGUUGGCCGGCUUUUCGACAAUGAAUACCAAGCUGCUUUCACUUUUUCAAGAUUCUGCUCCCUGAUCUCCGUUACGACCCAAAAAUCUAUCGAGAUCAUUCUGAUACCGGCGAGUCAAAGAUUGGGAGAAGUCCAUAUGGAUGAGAAGUGGUACCAGUCGACGAACAUAGUGUUACGGCCAAUUGGAUUGCUAAAGGGUGUAGAGAUCUUGACGUUCAGGCACUCCAAGAGGGAAGAUUUUGAUGGUAAUAGCCCCCAAGGAAUUAUUACAAGGUUGGAUAGAGAUUUGCCUUCCACAAAUACUCUAAUAUCUCUCCGUUCGCUAGCUAUUGGAGAGUCACCUGUGGAGAGUCCAUCCAGACUCUGGGAGUCUUUGAUUCGGUAUGCUCGUGUAUUUGAGCCGAAUCCCAUGUACGCUCAGGAAAUGGACCGAAACGUGCUUGAUAUUUACUUGGCGAUUUACCGGUCUACUCCCAAUGCCAGUCUUGAAAAGAUCCACACACCCCAAAGCUCUUUCAUACUAGGAGAGCAUCCAGUCGAGAUUGCAUUGUGGCAAGCUCGUGUGGCAGCCGAGUCCCUAGACGGUAUCAGAUUCAAGCAAGAACGUGACGUGGUUGUGACGUAUCUCGAACAGCAAUUCAGAACAAUACUAGCAGCACACAUCAGAGUCAGAAAUUACAUCGAACGAAGACAAUUUGCUGGUAUGUUGUUUGAUGCUGGAGCGCUCGUACCACGGAAUGAAACAGAAUCCAGGAUCAUGUCUCAAAAGCUAUACAUACCCACUGCACUUCUAGAGGAAUACGCUCGUUCUUUAGUGCGCGAUAUGGCACCUGAUGUCUAUGAAAAUUAUGCGGUGUAUCAUCUCGAUAUGCAACAAUGUCCAGAAGACUUUGACAACUCGGAGCGGCAGAUAUCCACGAAAAAGCUUCAUGAGGCGUUAGCGUUAGGCGAUUGGGAGAAAUCCAAGUUGGAGUUCAGGUCUGCAUGCGAUGCUAUGGACAAGCGAUUCGAGACCGUCAUAGAGGCACGACACAAUUUGUUCUCCGCGGACGUCACUGGCGAUCACCAAUGCGAAGUGGUUGUUGAUAAGGAAGUCUAUGCUGGAUCAAUCGACUGGGAGAAGAACAAAGUUGGGGAGUCUGAAGUGCAGGAUGAUGAGGAUAUUGACUUUUGAGUGAGAGAGUUACGUUGCUAGUCUUCUAACUCUGAUUUAUGAAGUCUUACCGCUGACUUUGCCCGCAAUAAGUCCUUUUGGCUAGAACGGCGAGCAGGAGCUGGUCAAUUUUGUUGGAGGAUCUCAUUUUCACAUAUGAUGACUUCAAAAGACCUCUUUGACUGUUAUAGCCCUGACACUUAGUCACAGUGCUUACCUAUAAGGGUC